CUGAUAUUUUGCACUUUUUCUGAAGUUCAGCAUAAACACUUCCUCUAUUAGAGAUGCUGUGAAGAUCAAACCUUACAGACCUUUAGCGAGAGCUCAGAAUGAAGACGCUGCUGCUUUCCCUCCUCUGUUUUCUGGUGUGGAAUCAACACACUGAAGCUUUGACUGAUCAACAGGUGACUUUAGGAGAGACUGUGACUGUAGCCUGUGAGUUUAGAUUAAAAGCUGUUGUUUGGUUUGUGAUAAAACCGUCAGCUCGUCCGAUGAUGAUCAUGAGGACUUUUGGAACUGAAGAUGCUGAAUAUUAUGAUGAAAAACUGCGCAGCAAAUAUUCAGAGGGAAGCAGAAGCCACCUAAUAAUCAACGAUGUCAGUGCUGAUGAUUUGGGCGAAUAUUACUGUGUACAACCUGGUUGGAGUCUAGUUGUCAACGAUGGUAUCAGACUACACACCGCUGGAGUCCCCAAAGAUGACAAUGAGCCACAAGAUCUAUCCAGUAAUCAGAUUGUAUUGGUCAUUCUUGCCUGUUUAGUUGCUGUGAUGUUUGUUGCAAUAAUUGGUUUAUUAAUGAAGAAGCAUAAAUUUUCUAGGACAAGUCAUAUGUAUGAGAAUAACCAUCGGAGACCUUAUAUGGUUCCUGAGCAUCUCAGAAGAAACUUGUCCAUUCAGAUCAACAGCAACUGCGAUCCUCCUCGAAACCCAAUGGCAGAACGCAACUAUCUUCAAAUACUACCAAAUAAUAUAUAUGAAACGCCUACAUGCGGACAGAUCGCCUGAUGUUUGCUUCAAAUAGGCUUCUGAUGGUAUUCGAUUUUUUUGUUGCUGAAGCUUUGACCUAUGAAUUUUAACUGUGACAAAGAAUGGUGUUUUUACCAUUGACAGUCUAGUGACCACUGGAAGAGAUUAUAUGACCACAACAUACAGUAUUAUCAUGAUUCUGACCUAAAGCUGGUUACUUUUAAAUCAGUGUGAAAUGGAAGUUAAGUUAUACUUUAUCAUGACAACCGAUAGCAAUGAAAAAAAAUAUAGGACAGUGUAGGAUUUUGUUGUUUGGGAACUGAUUGUGAUGUUGUAAGAUGGCCAUUGCUAACAAAAUGGAGGAAGAUUUGAAUGUCAGUUUGCACUCAGUUGUGGAGGAGGAAUAUACUGUCCACAAAGACGGAAUGUUUUCAGAUGCCCGAUGAUGACAAGAACGGGAAAAUAAAUUUUACAGACAUAG